AUGGUGGAAUAUGCCGUGCAGAAAGCACUGGCAAAAGAACGUGGUCUCCCGAGUGGCAGCACGUUCGAGCCCAAGACCCCAAUAUCUACAAGUAGUUCCAAGUCACCAAUCUCGCAACGAAAGCGACGCUUCAUCGUCGACUCGGAUGACGAGGAUAGCACAUCUUCAACGUCGUCCCCAUCAUCUAGCCAGAAACAUCACCAGAAAGAGCGAUCUAUCCGUUCCGUUAGUCGCGACACAAAGCGACGAAGAGACAGCUUUCUAUCUGACUCCGACGCUCCCGGCGAUCAACCGGUCAGAAAGGCGAAGAAGCCGCGACAAGACUUGGCGGCCGAGCUGGACGAUCUGGACAUCGAGAUGGAAGGAUGGAGCGCGGCUGAAGAAAAGCCUAGGAGACAGCGGUGUAGAAGAUAG